CAAACACUAUAAAACACAUAACUAAACAUUUUACCACCCUACUUUCUUUUUAAGGGGCACCCUUCUAAUAAAACUCACUCUAUAUAUAGAUCACUUAACUACGUACUUCAAUGGCCAUGCAGUCGCAGAAAAUAGAGGCCGUAAAAUCACUCCUCUCGACAAUGGGCUCAGUGGCAGCAGCAGCGAUGGUAGCGCGCUCCAUUGUGAACGACUUCCUCCCUCACGAAAUUCACGAGUAUAUUUUCUCCUCCAUACACUCCAUCUUCGGCCGUCGAUUCUCCUCGGAGAUCACCAUGAUCAUCGAGGAGUUCAGCGGCCUCGAAACCAACCUAAUCUUCGAAGCCGCCGAACUCUACAUUGGAGCUCGCACCGUCAUCAACUCAUCCUCUUCCAAGUCCACGUUACCCACCCGCCUCAAGGUCUAUAUGCCCGAAUCAGAAAAACAAAUCAUGAUCAACGUUGAUCGAAACGAAGAGAUAAUUGACGAAUUCCAAGGGAUGCAAUUCCGGUGGAUGUUACACUGCGAUCACAUGGAAUCCGAGAACUGCGACAACCCUAGAGAUAUGAAUGCGACCUUGAGGGCAGAGGUUCAAUCCUUCCACUUAACAUUUAACAAGAAAUAUUUAGACAUUGUAAUAUCAAAGUAUAUAACAUAUAUAAAAGAGAUGGAGGAUCUCAAACAACAGAGAAAAACAAUAAAGAUUUUCUCAAUGGACGGAUAUAGAAGAAGCUGCUGGGAGUCUGUUAGUCUAAACCACCCGGCUACCUUCGAGACAUUGGCGAUGGAUUCCGGGUUGAAAGAUAUGAUCAUAGAGGAUCUAGGGAGGUUUUUAAGGAGGAAGGAGUAUUUUCGGCGUGUCGGAAAGGCAUGGAAGAGGGGUUACUUGCUUUAUGGACCUCCAGGGACUGGGAAAUCAAGCUUAAUAGCAGCAAUGGCGAAUUACUUGAAUUUUGAUAUAUAUGAUUUGCAGUUGAGUGGGAUGAAGUCUGAUACCGAACUGCGGGAAGCUUUGUUGGGGACGGCGAAUAAGUCAAUAGUUGUGGCGGAAGAUAUUGAUUGUUCUGUAGAGUUCAAGGAUAGGGAGGAUGAUGGUAAGGCUGUAGGGUACUCGGAAAAACAGGUAACAUUGUCUGGACUGCUGAACUUUAUUGACGGAUUAUGGUCAAGUUGCGGGGAGGAGCGAAUAAUAAUAUUUACCACAAACCACAAAGACAAGCUAGACCCAGCAUUACUACGUCCAGGACGCAUGGACCUGCACAUUCACAUGUCUUACUGCACUUCUUGUGGUUUCAAAGUUCUAGCUAAGAACUACCUAGGCAUACAACAUCACGAACUCUUCUUGGAUGUUGAGAGCUUGAUCGAGGAAGCUGAAGUCACUCCAGCAGAAGUUGCCGAGCAAUUGAUGAGGCACGAUGAUGUUAGUUAUGCACUUAAAGAAUUAGUUGAGUUUCUCAAGUUGAAGAUAGUUAAGAAUGCCGAAGAAAAGGUUAGAAAGUUGGAGGAUAAGUCCGAGUCUGAACAUGAACCCGAACAUGAAAGCAAUGCUGCUUAUCAAGAUCAGGAUGAUGAUGAAAAUACCAAUGUAAAUGAGUUAGUCGAAAAACAAGAAGAUAAAAAUUGAGAGCAAUAAAAUCAAAUGUAUUGUAUAUAUAUGAAUUUGGAAUUAUAAUGAGAGAGGGGAAAGAAUGACAUAUGUCAUUUCAAAUUGUAAAGUACAUCGAAAGUCUUUAAAUAGGCUAAAGCAUCCAACAACACUAGUUUAAUAACAAGGAACAUGACUAGAUAGUGAAGGACAUAACGUCAUAACUCAGUACUAUUUUCAGAGAUAAGAAACUAAUUAACACGUGUUUUUUUAAAAUUUAAAAUCCACUUUGUAACUUAAUGCUAACAAUUAGGAACUAAUUAACUACAAUAAUAUUUGAAGCAUCUUCCAACAUAUUGUAUGGUUAGUAACUCAAAUCACAUAAUUAAAAGUCAACUUCGUAUACAACAUACUGAAUCCAAUCCCUAUACUAUGAUGUGUAUAACUUUUU